AUGGCUUCGAAACCUCUUUUCGCGUCUCUUGUUCUACUUUGUUGCCUCCUCUUCCUCAACGUGCAGAGUGCGAUGAUUCCUCAAAAAAAUGGUCGCGUGGGCAUUAAUAUGUCCUCUGAUGGUUAUUCAUGGGCCAAAAGAAACGACAAAGACACUCGGUACAAACUGCGAGUUCUCUCUCUCGGCGCCUCCAUCACCUGGGGUCAGAACUCUGCUUCGGGAAAUGGUUACCGGAAACCCUUGCGGGAUCGUCUUCAAUGGCAAGGCAAUGAAAUCAAUAUGGUUGGGACUAAAAAACAUGGAAACAUGAGGGACAAUGACGUCGAGGCCACCCCCGGCGACACUAUUGACCAAGUGAAAGCAGCAGCGCAAAGAUCCCUGCACUUCAAGCCGAACAUCGUCUUGAUCAACGCCGGGACCAACGACUGCGCCAAAAAUAUUGAUAUCCCAAACGCUGGCCGACGCAUGCGCUCGCUCAUUGAGAGUAUUGUGCAUAGCAAAGGAAUGAGCAAGACAGUCAUCGUCCUGUCAACACUCCUCUUUUCGAAGGAUAACGUAAUUGAGAAAAACCGCAUCGAAGCCAACCGGCAAUUCCGAGAGUUGGUCCUCGCUAUGAAGAAAGAAGGUGUCUCGAUCUACCUCGCCGAUAUGGAUCCUCUCAAGCCUUCCCCGGGAAACGGUUGGAUCAGGUAUCCCGAGGACUACAAAAAUGGAAACAACCCACCUGAUCCUUCGCAUCCCAGCGAGGCCGGUUACAAGAAGAUGGCGGAGAUAUGGUUCAGAGCCAUUGAAGCCGCGGCGAAGGAGCAAAAGAUUCCUGACGUAGGACCGUGGGCUGGAAUAUGUGAGAAAAGCCGAUAUAAUGGCGUUGACGCGGGCGGGUUGACGCAGCGAGGCAGCGGCCAGGACGACGGAAUCUACUAUCACGACGCCGAGUCAAUAGGGGAGGUGCUGGCAUUGGCCGGCGGGGAACCGGCUAAGGAAAGAGAUGAGACGUUCUUUGCGAGGCUGUUUUCGCCGCAAAGAAGUGAUAUGUUGAGGAUGACCCAGGAUGAGAUGGACCCUUCUAGGACUGUGUAUACGAUUUGGCAGAACAAGGGGCCGGGGAUUAAGAGAGCAAAUGAGACAUUCAAUUUUCACAAAGACCAAUUGGAUGUUAAUAGUAACUGUGGCUCAGCUGGUGUGAACUUCCGCGACCUCAAUGGUGAGUCUUAA